CUUUCGAUUUGACCCCAAAAAUCGAUUCUGUUUCCAUAGCCGUCAGUCUCCUCCUUGCGUCACAGUGGAUAAACCUCACCCAGAACGGAUUGAACCCGCGGGGAUUCAGCUGAAUAACCGACGAUCCCUAUCCUUUUCCCGCCAUCAACAACCCGCCAAUCAAACCGCCAAAUCGGUGCCCAAAAUUUCCAAUUUUUUACGCGCUCACAAACCUCGAAUCUAUGGCAUCCUCAUUGCUCGUUGCCCCAUUCGCAGCAACCGUGAAUCGCAUCUCCGCGCAUUGUUCCAAAAUUUACGGUGGCUUUCAUCCUACUGUACGGCUCCCAGUCCCUUCUCGACCUAUACGAUUCGCCUCCUCUGCCCAGAAAUCUCAUUCUCAUUCGAACUCUCCACCUAACGAUGAAGAAGAAGAGGAGGAAGGCCUAGUUGAAGACCUUAGGGUUCCUGAGCAGUGGUUGGACCAGUCCAAAGCCUUGGAGGAAUCGGAGUGGCUUAGGGUAAAUCUCCACAAAUGGUUGGAUGACGAGUACUGCCCAGAGCCAACUAAUGUAGAAAUCAGCAACAUUGCUGCCUAUUCAUACUACGAAUCUUUGCUACAAAGACAAACUGAUCUGGGUGAGAUCCUGUUAAAGAUGGCUAGAGAAUUGGAGUCCAUUUCCUAUCAGGAAAGCUUUCAUGGAGCAUUCUCAUCCGCAAAUGCAGCAGUCAAUCUGAUCAUCCAACGAUUAGAGCUGGACUAGUGGCUUGACCACACAUAAG